CUAAAUAUCUUUGGGGUUUGGACUGUUGGUCAAGCAAAACGAAACAUUUGAAAACAUCACUUUAGAAAAUUGUGACGGGCAUUUUUGACUAUUUUCUGAUGUUUUAUAGACCAAACAAUUAAUCAAGAGAAUAAUCUGCCCUAAACCGUACAUAAUACAAAACAUUCACCAGUGUUAAAUAUCAGCAAAACCCUGUCAGAAUGGUUCACAGCCCACUUCAUUUUCACCAACUCUGGGAGGAGGUUACAGUGUGCUUUUCAUAGGCUUUUAUAUCAAGUCCUACACUGGGUGGCAGUACCACCAAACCUUGACUGGGAUUAAAAUAUGAUCAGAUCUGCCUGCAUUGCUGUAGGUGCCAAAGAAGUAAAACUCCUACACAGGGACAGUGGAGCCUCCUGCUCUAGAGGAAAGCCUGGGAAACUCAGCUCUCUGAUUUCAGCAGGAUGAACAGGAGAGGAGUCUGGAGAAGAUGACACAGACCGGCAGACUCUCCCUCUCUCUACACUGGCUGGAUUGCCACAUAUCCAACAUCAUUCCAGAGUUCAUCUGAUGAGAUUUAGUCUCCGAAGUUUUCCAGUUCUUUCCACUACCACCUGGACACUUGUAUUGCUGUUUUGUGUACAAAGGUACCAUGGGAAACAUUGUCCAGUGCUGUCACACACUGUCAAACUACUUUAAGUGUAAGAAUGCACCGGCCCAGGGUGAGGCGGAAAGAUCCCCUCUGCUAUCCAGCGAAGAGAGUGAAUGUGAAUCGCCAAGCCUGCCGGACGACUUGGAGGACAAUCUGUUAACUGUCUCCACCGGUGUGAUAAACCCAACCCUUGAACCAGAGCACUUCCUGUUUCCUGACAUCAUCCUGAGCAGCAACCUGGGAGGGGACGUGACUCUGGUGGAGCCGAUGGUGUGUCUGCUGGUGUCUGAGGAGGAAGAGGGAGAGAGGGUGGAUGAGCCAGAAGAUGAAGGACAAGAGAAGAGCAACAGGGGGAGAAAUAUCGGGUAUUCUGAGGUCGAGACACAGACCGAAGUGGAGACACAGAUUGGUAUGGGGGUACAGACUCAGACAGAGUCACAAGCAGAAGUACAAACAGAAAUACUUGUGUGCCAUAAUGAGACUGUGGAGAGAGAAGUAAACACACUAACAAAUGCUGGCACUGCAAAAGAGGUGGUUGUGGAUGUUUGGGAAGAACAGGAAACAUUGAUGCAGGUGGCUGUGCUCUUGGAGGCACAAACAGAUACACGAACAUCACGAGAGAGAAACUCAGAAAUGUCAUCAGAGAAACAAAAGAAAAGGAUAGAUUCCUUGUCUGGAACCUGGUCUGACAUAGACGCUUUUGUUGAGUUAGAGGUGCCAGGGAAGGUGGAAAGACAGACAGAGAAAAACAAACUGGCCUUCGGACACAAGGAAGAUGAACAGAAAGAACUGAAACAGAGUCACAUCCAUGAGGAACUGACCACCACGUUAACAAAGCAUACACUUCAAAUGGAACAAAAUACAGAGAUGAUAGAGGAGUUAGACACUGACGACGAGAAUGUCUUUAAGUUGCAGCAGCAGACUGUUGCUGCUCAGGAAAAUACAGACUUUGCCUGGAAGGAGUGCUUCACUUUGCUGACACAGGAGAACGUUAAGGACAAAGAACAAAACACUGAAUGCACAGAGUGCACCUCUGUGAUGCUAACUGAACACAAUGUAAACAACAUGGAUGAGAACAUUGCUGCAGUGGAGUCACAGAUGACAAAAUACAGCAUCAACACUGAAAUUGUGGAGAACUUUGACCCUGCCGAGUGUCGCGUAGACCUGACACAACAGAGUAAUCAGGGUAAUGCACAGAUGGGACAGGCGAAUGUGGUGUCAGAUCAGAAUGUAAAUGAAAAUGACCAUAACAUCAUCCACACAAAAACAAACCACCACACAGAUCUGACAGCAGAUCAGUCAAAUUUAAAUCCAGAUCAUAUUCAAUGGCAGGAAAACUUGCACCCACCAAAGAGGGAAGAGGACGACAACAAGCAUGUUUUGGAGUUGGAGACAGCUCUGCCACAGGUGGAGGAGGACGGGGCUGAGAUGAUCCAAAUGACCUUGUUUUCAGUUGACAGGCUGUUUCUGGCAGCGGCACAUGUCAAAGCACCUCCAAGUCAAAUUGAAGAAAGCCCUGAGGAUGAUCGUCAAGUGCAGUCUGAUGUUGAUAAAAGCAAACAACUCAGCAUUCGUGACAUAGUUGAUCUCCAAGAGACCGGCUUUACUGUCAGAAUUCAACCUCCUGGACAAGAAAGUUUUGAGCUUCAGGUGUCAGGCCAGCUGCUGGUGGCGGAGCUGCACCAAGUGCUGAUGGAGCACGAGAUCACAUGCCACCGCACAUGCUUCUCCCUCCAGCUGGGAGGCACCGCGCUCAACAGCCUCACAGAGCUAAGCUCCAUCCAGGGCAUCCAGGACGGAGCACUGAUCAAGGUGGUGGAGGAUUCUUACUCAGUGCGCGAUGCUCGUCUUCAUCUCAGACAUGUACGUGAUCUUCUGAGGAGCCUUGACCCCGCAGAUGCAUACAACGGAGUGAACUGCAGCUCACUAUCUUACCUCACCUUUUACACCAGAGGAGACAAGGAUAGUGACAGUGUGGGGAACAGACGAGCUUCUGAAAAGGAGUCUAUUGACUGCAGCCCUCCAGAAUACAUCCUCCCUGGAUGUAAGGACCGACCACUUACUCCACUGCAGCCAGUCAGAGAUGACUGGAAGCCAUUACAAUGCCUGCGGGUUCUGACCAUGAGCAGCUGGAACCCCCCUCCAGGAAACAGGAAGAUGCAUGGGGACUUAAUGUACCUCAAUGUCCUGACUAUGGAAGACAAAGAACUCAACAUUACAUCCUCUACACGCGGUUUCUACCUCAACCAGUCAACUGCCUUCAACUUCAACCCUAAACCUGCAGUUCCCAAAAUCCUUUGCCACUCUCUAGUCGAGCUGCUGAGUCAAGUCAGUCCUGCUUUCAGGAAAAACUUCAGUGUCCUGCAGAAAAAGAGAGUCCAGCAACACCCUUAUGAGCGGAUCGCAGCACCUUUCCAGGUGUUCACCUGGAUCGCCCGCCAUGGAGACCACACUCUCGACUGUGUCAGAGCGGAGGAUACUCACACCAGUCGCAUGGGCCAGGACGAGCACACAGCUGGGCAGAGUCGGGACUGGAAUGAGGAGCUACAGGGAUGUAGGGAACUCACCAGGAACUCCCUUCAGGAGCGCCUGCACAGAGAGAGGAGCAUAUUCAAGACCAACAGUGACUUUGUUGCGGCUGCAACAAGAGGUGCUGUAGCCAUUAUCGACGGUAACGUGAUGCCAUUGAACCCAGGGGAGGCGCCUCAUAUGCAGAUGUUCAUCUGGAACAAUCUCUUCUUCAGCCUGGGGUUCGACAUAUCUGAGCACUACCGCCCACUAGGGGGCAACACUGCUGCUCAUGCUGCUGCCAUCUGUGACCUAAAAGGAGCACAGGCAUACGCAUCUGUCGACAUAGAGGGGCUUCACACACUUGGGACAGCUGUGGUGGAUUAUCGUGGCAUUCGUGUUAUCGCUCAGACGAUCGUUCCUGGGAUACUGGAGAAAAAUCAGGAGCAGAGUGUAGUCUACGGCUCAAAUGACUAUGGAAAAACAGUUUUUACACAUCCCAGGUUUCUGGAGCUUCUGGAUAAAACCAGUAAACCGCUAAGAAUCCAACGUCACCAGGUGCUCGACCACAGCAACAGCCCAGUGGAGCUUUGCUCUGGCAUCGAGACCAAAGGCAUCCUGGGUAAUGACGGAAGACCCUACAUCUUGGACCUUCUCCGCACCUUCCCCCCCGACCUUAACUUCCAGUUCUCAGAGACAGAGGAGAGGAGGGAGGUGCCGAAGGAGUGUAAAGGCUUUGGUUACCCACGGCAACAUCAUCACAGCCUGGCCAGCCUGAGACCAGAGCUCAUAGAGGCCUUCGUCCAGCACAGGUAUGAACUUUAUGUCAAGAUGGUGUCCCAGGGGCUCAGCCAACUGGAAGAACAGGAUAAAGCCAUGGAGCAGAGUGAAGAGCCGGCCUGUGAGCCGAGAACCGGAGAUACAGCCAUAGCCGGUGCUGACAUGGAAUUUCAGAGAAGAAAUGUGAUCAUGAAAGCUUGUGAGGCUGUCGGAUCAGUGAGUGACACUUGCUUUGACAUCCGCUUCAAUCCUGAUGUUUGCUCUCCAGGUGUUUGUUUCCCCUCUGAGUGUGUUGAGGAGGUUAAGAGGCAGAGACUGUUGUUAUGGGACGCGGCUGCUUUUCUUCUGUCUAAUCAGAUUCCAGCAGUGCUGAGGGACUGUCUCGACCACACAGCAUUACCAAUGGAUGGAGCAACCCUGACCUCAGCGCUGCACCAGCGGGGUGUGAACGUACGAUACCUGGGCACCCUACUGAGGGAGCUGAACAAGGUGGAGGAGAGGGGGAGACUCAGCCACAUACAGAGAAUUUCUAUCAGUGAAGUCAUCAUCAGAAGUACAAAACACAUCUUCAGGACCUACCUACAGGAUGUGGAACCUGCAGCUUUCUCCGCUGCCGUCAGUCACUUCCUAAACUGCCUCCUGAGUUCCUCCUCCUGUGUCCCUGGCUCCUGCUCAGAUAAGGUACUCCCUCGUCGCAGGAGCCGCCGCCGCCGCAGCCACGGGAGUCGAGUCGACUCGUUGACAGACAGUGUGUGGGCUAAACUGACCCCCAGUGAGCUGUGGGGCCGGGUCAGGACUGAGGCUGAAGAUUAUUACCACUACACAAUAGACAGUGAAAGUAUAGAUGAAGUGAUAGAAAAGCACAGCCUUCAGAGGAUCUCCCUACUGAGAGAGAUUGCCAUCAAGACAGGCAUCCAGGUGCAGCUGAGGGAGUAUGUGUUUGAGUCUCGACAUAGGCCAGCAUUUAGUGAGGAAGAUGUUGUCAACAUGUUCCCUGUGGUCAGACAUCUCAAACCUACGGGAGCAGAUGCUUCACGGCUUGUGCAACACGCACAGGUGGCAGUACAGCAGGGGCUUCUCAAAGACGGCUAUGAAAUGAUUAGCCAGGCCGUGACUCUGUUCAGCAGCGUUUGUGGGGUCCUGCACGAGGAUGUUUGCAUGUGCCUGCGUCUCCUGGGACGACUCAGCUACAUCUUGGGGGAAUAUGCAGAUGCCCUCAGCCACCAGGAAAAGGCUGUUAUGAGUAGUGAGAGAGUACAAGGUAUAGACCAUCCACAGACCAUACAAGACUAUACUUACCUGGCCCUGUACUGCUUUGCUGGAGGACGGCUUUCGACGUCCCUACAGCUGCUGUAUCGCGCUCGUUACCUCACCCUGCUUGUGAGUGGAGAGGACCAUCCACAUAUCGCACUGCUGGAUAGUAUGCUGGGUCUAGUGCUUCAUGGACUGAUGGAGUAUGAGCUUUCCCUGAAGUUUCUACAGAAUGCCUUAACUUCAUCCUCAAAAUACCACGGUGCCACAUCCCUGAAGCAUGCACACAGUCAUCAUCUGCUCGCCACUGUGUACGAGAGUAAAGGAGAGUUUCGAUCAGCUCUGCAACACGAGAAAGAGGCUUAUUCAAUAUAUAAGAGCCAGGUUGGGGAAGACCAUGACAGUACGAAGGAAAGCUCAGAGUACCUGAAGAGCCUCACUCAGCAGGCUGUGAUCCUUCAGAAAGCCAUCAACCAUAUCUACAGUAACACACCUACCACCUGUAUUCCACCUCCAAAGUUUUCCACACCAAGCCUUCCCACAAUCCUUCAGCAGCUCAACCUGACAUGUGGAACCAUUCUCAUUCCCCUCAGUGCAAAAGACAUCACAGACUUGAGGACUGAGUUGAAAGGAAAGGAAAAGUUUCAAGUGGAAGAGCUGGAAAACAAGACUUAAGAACUGCAGACAACAUCGACAAACUCUGGACUAAAGGGACAAUAGAACAUCUGUGUAUUCAGUCAGCCUUCUGAAAAUGACCACAGACAAUGAGUAACAAUGGCAAAUGAAAGCUGGGAAAAUUGCUGGUUAAUACGUAGGUUAGCCUACUUUGGACAACAACUAUAUCCAGGUAUCAGACAGGUGCAGCCAUCUCCUUUUGGAAGAGGACCAUGUUCUGCUGUUGUCUGUGGAGGACUGGACGUUGAAGAGAGCCGUAUCUAAUGCAGGCCUACCUGCAGCCAUUAUAUAGCUCUUGUUGAAAAUAUGGGAUCCAUGAAUGAACUCUACAGGCUGUAGCUUUGAUGGCAAAUAUGUAUAACUCUCCUCCUUUUUGUCAGAAAAAUGCAUAAACCCUACACACUAAAUAAAAUGAAUGAUCAUACUGCUAGAUGAAUGGACAAGCACAGUAUGUUUAGGCCUACUGCUACUGAGGAAUAGUCUAAAUUUCUCAAAUUUUUAAAUGACAUGCUGUCAUCUUGCAAUCCCCCGUGUGUCCACUGGGUUUCACACUUGUGCCAUGAACACUUCUCAGAACAUGAGAGAUGAUUUGUCUAUGCCUGACUAUUAAAAUAAUCUCUAUGACUGUUUUGGAUGUGUACUAGCAGUCCAUGAUAAUUGAAUCCACGUUGUUGUCAUUAAUAUCCAGGUCUUAUGUAUUCUACAAGAACAAGUCAAAUUAGUGGUAUCUGAACGGCUCCCUAAGUUGGAAAUGACAGCAUUACGCUUUGAACUGGUAUUAUGUUAUCAAAUGACAUUUCGUGGAGGUGGUCCACUGACACCAAAUUAGUGUCUGACUGUGAGUUUAGUGAAUUUAAUUUUAAUAUUAUCCCGAAUAACUGCUAUUUCAGUGUAUGGCGUACAACUGUUCAUGUGAAACCCAUAUAGUAAGUGUAAAAGUAUUAUAGCUUCUGUUAUAGUUUACUGGCAUUUGUUCCAUUAUUUUUUCACCAUCAGUGAAGCAGCUGCAUGAUUUGUCUCUAGGUGACAUCAUCACUACAGUCUGUCCUACUGCUGCUCAUCUCAAUGAGAAACGUGUUUACAAUUAAAAGAGUUCAAAUAAAUUAAAACAUGGAUGUUCAUAAUAAUAAAAAAUAACAUAUAUAACUAA